GCGGCGUGGCGUCCACUGUUCGGUGCUCUGUGCUUAUCGAACGCCUUUUCGAUUUUUUUGGCAACUAAUUUUUGAACGAACGCCUUCUAAGGUCCUCGUCCGGGGACAUUCUUGACCUGCCACGGCCGUUUGCAGCUACCCUUCCGUUCCAGGAUACUGUUCGUCCACAGUUCACAUACCAGACGACGACGACAACGGUGGGUUGCAGUGGUGCAUAUUGUUGUUGCUGUUGUUGUUGCUGGUGGUGGCCCCACUCUGUCCCCAAUCUCCCCCCGCAGAGCCCACUGCUCUGUGGCCCCGAUGAGGAGAGGCAGAAUAGAAAAGAAAACUCGAAAGAAGGAAAUGAACGACCCCGCUAGCGGCGGCGGGCCUAGCAGCGGAUAGCACGACACGAGGCGAGUGAAAAGAAGAAAAUCUGUCGGAAAAGCAAAAGCUGAAGAGAAGAAAAAAAAACGCGCGCGCGAGACGCGCAACGAAUGAAAAUUGUUGUGAAAAGUGAACCAACCAAAAAAAAGGAGGAAAAAAGGUGAACGCAACGAUCGAAAGCAAAAAGAAAAACCAAACGAACCCGGUGGCGGCGUCGGCAAAGUAGGCCACCGUGGAAGUGACGUUGCACUGCGUGUGUGUGAUUUUUGACGUGUGUGAUUGCGCUGACAGCCAGCCAGCCUACUAGUAGGCCACGCGGGCGCCCAGAGGAAAGUGAUCCAUUCGACACGGCGUUCGGUUCGUUGGAAUCAAUCUCUCGUCUGCCAUUACGCAACUGCCAACUGCAACUGGGCGCCAUUUUGUGUGUGUGUGAGCGGUGGAAACGCGGGGAAAGCGAAAAUUCUGGAAGAAGAAAGUGCACCCCGGGUGAUUGAGUGGAGCAAGGACGACGCGUGUCGACGACACCCGCGGGACACAGACGGGGUCGAUUUCGGUGUCAGAAGCCGGCGCGAGGAAGUUCUGCGACGGGGUGUCAGCUGCAUUCCGUGUGUGCUCAUUCGUAUCCGCGCCUCCCCCCGAUGCACUACCGCCCAAGCGCGCCGCUUCGGAUCGUUGGCAGCUGGAAAGUGAUGGCCACCGAGCCGGUCUGCUGACACACCGUGAGUCAUCGUCCACCCUGUGGUGGUGGUGGACCCUCGGGGGAGAGAGGGGUUUUGCUGUCGUUCAGUGCCAUUCCUAGCGUGCGCCUUUCUUUCACUUUCUACCGACGGCCCGACGGUGUUCGUCGACCCGGUGAGGAAGAAGAAGAAGUCCCAAGAGCCCUCUAAUCGGAGGGUGGCCAGUUAAGACGUCGUGAUUUGUCGUUUUUAAACCUCAGUCGACGGCGAUCGAAGAACAUCGAUCCGGGGAGGCCGUAAUCUUGUGUUACGAGCGGGAAAAAAGCGGAGCGCAGAGGACCAGCCACUUAAUUAGAACACUUCCGGAACGGCAGUGCGGCCGCUGAAGUCAUGGCGAUGGGAUGGCUACGGUUGACCGUGGUGCUGGUGCUGAUGGUGGUGGUGGCCGCGGCGGCAGGCGACUGUCCGCGGGAGUGCCACUGUGAGGCGACGACAAUCCGGUGCACGAGCGUCGCGGGACUGCGCGGGCUGGACAAGGCGCAACCGAUCGCGCGGCUCGAUCUGUCCGGACUGAACUUCACCAAGGUACCGUCGGUGCUGGAGAACGUACGCAACAUCACGGAGCUGGACCUGUCGGGGAACCGGCUGGCCGAGGUGGCGCACCUGGGGAAGCGCGUCCGCAGCUUGAACCUGAGCUACAACCGCAUCACGUCCGCGAAGCUGGCACGCAUCCCACCGUCGGUCGAAUCGCUCAAUCUGACGCACAACGAGAUCACCUACUUGCCGCUGGGGAUGAUGAAGCUCAAGAAGCUGCGCUACAUCGAGCUGGCCAGCAAUCCGAUCAACUGCACGUGCGAGACACUGCACGUCCGCAACUGGCUGACGUCCCGUCACGUGUGGUCGGACGAGCACAUCAAGUGUAUGGCCCCGCAGGAGUUCAAGGGCCGGCCGUGGUUGCAGGUACGCCAAUCGGACGUGUGCCACGCGUCGGUGGCCGAGGAACGCAAGGGUGGCUACAGCUGGGAUGACUACGAGGACGAGAACGACCUGAUGCUGGGUGACCAGCCGGCAGCGAACGAGGCGGCCGAGGACGAUGUGGAUGACUUCCGGCGGGAGUACUUUCCGGUGGGUGAGAAGGUAAAGCGCCACGAGCCACCAAUCGCCGUGGAGAACGAGGCGGCCGAGGAGGACGGGGACACUGUCGAGCAGUCGGGUGAUGCGCCGGUCGGUGAGUUGGGUGUUGGUGAGGAGGAGCGCCGUGCCGUGUUCGACGAACCGACGGUGGAAGGCAGCGGUGGUGAACCGGAAGACCCGACGCUGGUUCCGAAGCUGGUCGGUGAGGAGCGUGAAGAGAAGUCCCACGAGGAGGAAGAGGAGUUGGACCUCGACGAGGGAAGUGGUAGUGGAGGUGGGCCGUUGGUUGGAUUCGGACACAUUAGUGCGCUGGAGGACGGUGGUAGCGACCGGAGUACCCCGUCACCGAUCCUGGUGGACGAUAGUGGCGAGAAGGAGGAGGCACCGCUCGAGUUCCCGCACAUCCGGGAGGGUUUGGGUAUUUUCCGGGACGAGAAGGAUGAAACGGGGGCAACGGAGACGGAUGGUGAAAGUACCACCUCGGAGGCCUCCAACGCGCGGGUGAUGGUGGGGGCCAGUGGUGCCGGUGCCAUCAUGACGGCCGUGGCCAGCGAUGCCGAUCUGCCGACGGACGCGGCGAAGGAGGGCUCCGGGGACGACGCGGCGGUCACUAGUCAGACGGAGGAGGACAACCGGAAAACGUACAUCCUGCUGUCCGUGCUGGGCAUCAUCGUGGUUUCGCUGAUCGUGAUGGUGGUGUGCAAGCGGAAACCGGACGAUCGGAAUCGGCGAGGCAAGUACGACGUGGAGACGGCCAAUCAGGGUCGGGAGCUGAAGGAGCUGAACCGGAACCUGCUGGAGAAGCUACCGGCGGGGGCGGCGGAACGCAACGGUCACGGGGUCCCCGAGCAGACGCCGCUGAUGACGCCCGAUAAGACCGACUACGAUAAGGUGUUUGGUGGGUCGGGUGACCCGAAGAAGGGCUUUACGCCGGUGAAACCGCAGCGCACGUCCCUUGAGCGGCCACUCGACUCCUUCAAGCCGGUGCCGGCCGAAAGGAAUGGGCCGGCCAGCGGGCCGGUAACGGACAACAACAAUACGGCGGCCCUGCCCAACGGAAACGGGGCGCUGCAGAACGGUGAACCGCUGGCCGGGGUUCACAAACCGCACCACAAUAACCACGUGCCAUCGACGGACGCGCCAGAUGACGGACAUCUGACGGCCGAACAGCUGGAGUCACCUCGGUCGAAACGUUACAGCCCGAUCUACGUACCGACCUCGCCCAAAUCGGAUCGCUACAGUCCGGUUUACUCGCCCGAAACGGGGCGCGUCAAGAUUAAGCUCACCGAGACGCCCAAACCGAAGACCCCGAUCCUGGUGACGAGGAGUCGCUCUCGGGCCGGCGACAUCAUCAUGACCACGAACGACGACCAGAAGUUUUAGCCAGCUGACGACGAGACCACGUGACGACGGUGCCUGACCACCACGUGGGGUCAACGCUAAUCUAAAUCCGCGAGCGCCCGAGAGCGCGCGUUUAAGCACAAACCGACCAGAAACCGACCAGAUUCAGCGCCUUCAGUGCCUCGCGGCCGCCAAAUUGUAAAUAGUCUUCGGGCGGAGGCAAAGUAGCCAGCCUUAAUGGAAACCGCAAGCCCCGGGGUCACAGCCAACUGUAGUCCGGCGAGCGGAAGCCGCGGAGUCUUCACUAGUUCAUAUCACCAGUCGUUCAUCGUUAGCGAAUAGUAGUGGAAGUAAAUUAUAAUUUAAAGAAUCGUCUUCGUCGUCGUCGCAACAGAGAUCAACGGUAAUAAUCAUGUGCGUGCGGUGCGGCGGUAUCCUGGCGUGGCGUAUAGAUAGGUUUAUUGAAAAGGAACACCGUAAUAACCCUUCACCUUCACCGGACACCCGGACGCUGUCCGGGGGAUGGUUGCCUUAUCGUGAAUGUGUAAAAUAAAGGUUCGUUAGUUUGGUUGGUUGUUGAACGGCGCCGGUGCGUAGAGUCUAUAGUUAAGCACAGAAACGCGAAAACACACGACACGGCUUUGGCCGUUAAAUAGCGGUCCAAUAUCGGUGGCCCCCGUUGGCGAUGGUAGUAGCAGUAGGGUAGUGUUAGAGCGUAGAAGAGCCUAUCCUCGAGGGAUCCGUGCGCAACUUUUUAGUUAGAGUCUGAGCAGAGCAGCCACACGAGCCAGGCGAGCCUUAUCCUGUCUUUUGUCCGUGCUACGCGUGGUGUAUUUAAACGCUAGCAAUAAUUUAUAAUUCAUGCUGUUUUUCGCGGCGCGACGCUGUUUACAACGCACGGUGCCGGCAGACGGAAAUCGAACCGAAUU